AUGAUGGCGACAUCAACAGUGGCUGUAAGUACAAAGAAAACCAUCAAGAUUCCAUUAAACUGCAAAGACACAACACAAACAUGUCCCUUAAACUAUACAAUCAGAUUCAAACCAGUCACCUCUUCCUCGGAAACUUGUCCUGACUACUUCAGAUGGAUCCACCAAGACCUAAAGGUAUGGCAAGAGACAGGGAUCACAAGGGAAACACUUGAGAGAGCAAAACCUAACGCUCAUUUCAGGCUUGUGAUAAAGUCAGGGAGAUUGUAUCUUCAUCAGUAUGAUAAAUGUUACCAAACAAGAGAUGUGUUCACAAUUUGGGGAAUACUUCAACUUCUAAGAAUGUAUCCUGGUCAAGUCCCUGAUCUUGAGCUACUCUUCCUCUGCCAUGAUCAACCUGGCAUUUGGAAGAAGGAUUAUAAGCAAGAAGAACCAAAUUCCACAUGGCCUCCUCCGCCACUGUUUCAUUACUGUAGUCACCGUGAUGCAUACGACAUCGUCUUCCCUGAUUGGAGCUUCUGGGGUUGGCCGGAGGUGAAUGUUAAGGAGUGGACAACGUUAUCAGCGGCGAUUAGAGAAGCCAACGAAAGGAUUAGAUGGAAAGACAGAGUUCCGUACGCUCACUGGAAAGGGAACUCAUACGUUUCUUUGUUAAGAAGAGACCUCAUGCAAUGUAACUUCUCCGACAAGUAUGAUCCCAUGGUUCAUCUCUAUGAACAGGACUGGGACAAGGAGAGGGGGAAUGGUUUCCAAAGUUCAAACCUAGAAGACCAAUGCACCCAUAGGUACAAGAUUUACAUAGAAGGUCGUGCAUGGUCGGUGAGCAAAAAAUAUAUAUUAGCAUGUGACAGUAUGGCUCUACUAGUUAAACCAGAGUUCUUCGAUUUCUUUGGAAGAUGUAUGGUUCCGUUGGAACAUUACUGGCCCAUUAGACCUCAAGAGACCUGUCGUGACCUCAAGUUUGCCGUUGAAUGGGGUAACAACAACUCUGAAAAGGCGCAAGAAAUAGGGCGACGAGGAAGUGAGUACAUGAUGAAGAGCCUAGAGAUGAAGUAUGUGUAUGACUACAUGUUGCAUGUGUUGCAAGGAUACGGGAAGCUGAUGAAGUUGGAUGUGACCGUCCCUGAAAAUGCGACCGAAGUGUGUUCGGAGACGAUGGCUUGUCCGAUCACUGAUGGUGGAAUGAUUAGGCAAUGCAUGGACGAGUCGUUGGUUAUGUAUCCAAGCGUCAAGGCGGCUUGUGACUUACCGCAGCCUUAUGGAGAUGAUGAGCUCAAAAGGUUUCUUGAUAAACAAGAAAGUGCAGAGAGACAUGUUGAGAAGUUGGCCAAUGAGUAUUGGGAGGUCCAAAACAAGAUUCUUCAAAAAAGAAAGAUAGUAUAA